AUGGACAGCAUAUCAAACCCUAUCACGGUGGGCUACGCUGACUGCAUGGUCAAGAUCGACAAGCCGAAACGAGAAAGACCAAAGAGAGAUCACGUAGUAGAUAUCGUGCUAGAUGUGAUCAAAAGUUGCCCUUCAAGAGGCGGCGUAUCUAGCUAUAUUCAUGGCAUGAGCGCGCAAGUAUUCCCUUCCUCAGCGGGAGAGAUCAGCGACAUAAGCAUCCCAGUGUGCUCUGCACGCCACUGCCAAUACGAAGCUCGCGAUUGCCCAAGUGCACUCGAGUUGGUCGGCCUGGAUCUGGAAACAGUCUAUCUUUCCCCUUCAACUUUCACCAGCGGCAAACUGCACUAUACCGGUUCUUAUCAGCUCACGCUAGCAACCACUGAUGAUUCCCCUUUCGCAAUCUCCUCUUCUUCCUUGAAACCGACUUACGACAAGCUGGCGAAGCGUUGCGUCUCCGACCCUGGAUGGGUGUACAUGAGCGCUGGCAAUGCCGGACAGAUUGAUGGUCUCAGAUUAUCGGCUCAGGGCAGCCAAUGUCCAUAA